AUGUCAACUCCACUCGGAGGUCGUUUUUACCAUGUUUUUACGAAAAAAAGUACGGAUCAUGUCAUUGAAUUACAUAUUCCGAGGGGUUACAAGGUUCUUUCUGGCGGCGUCCGCGCGUAUGGAGCAACGGGCAUUCUGUCGUCGUUUUAUGAUGCUGAGCGGGGGAGGUGGUUUCUGCAGCACGAUCCUAUAGAUGAUGGCGCAUCUGUUCUGUUGCAGGUCGUCACAUUGGUGGAUCCAGACGAUUGGUACGAUGUGACCGUAUCUUUUGUUUCUUUAAGAAACACUGUGGGGCCAGAGGAGCGAGAAAAACUUGUGCAGCUUGAGGAAUGCCAGUAUCCUGCACGCUUGUUUGAAUCCAAGGAUGAAGCAGGCAGUGCUCAAGCAGUCUGGGAGAAGCAAAGGCAGCGUCGCCAGUGCCGAAUGAGCGGACGUGAUACUGUGACAUUGCACUGUCCCGUGGUGGAUGGGUAUACGUUGACUGGAGGCGGAUUCAUCUCUGGAUACCCGGUCCUCGCGUCUUCUGCAGAAACGUGUGAGGAGUGGGAUCAAAGGGAGUUAUUGACGCGGUCUGGUGAGUCAUCUUUCGCAGAUUCAAACGGCGUCCCCAACAAAAUGAUGGCUUUUUCUACGGCCAGCACUCGUAGCGGAGUGUUAUGCGAUUCGUUCCCAGACCCUCCUCAUUCCAGUGUGUCAUCUACUUUGUUGAAGAAUACGCGAAAAGACAAAGGCCCGACUGCGUGGUUUGUUAUGGCCGCGGAGAAUCUUUCACUUUCUUGCUACGCCAUAGGCAUUCGCCUCCGCACAGCGCGGCGGGAGGAAAUAUUGCGUGGAAUGAUGAGUAAAACUCUGCUCAAUCGAGGCAAGUGUGAUGUUCCUUCCGAGAAGACGGUCGCUGUGAAGGUGCACCACCAGUCAGGGGGGAAUUGGGCCAUUGAGUUGCCACCACCGCACGGGAUUUUUUUUUUUCGCUUUGGUGUGUCUCGCACUCCCAAUCCAAUUGUGUUAUCGGCGUUCUAUCGGUGA